CCACCUCAAAUUCAAACAACAAACCAACCUUAAUCUCCCAAACCCAUUUUUCUUCUUCCCUCCAAUACAAAAAAAAAAAAAUCAAUAACAAACAAACUCCUCACACUUUGUUGAAUAUACUAGUAUUAAUUUGGAAAUGGAGAAAAUAGUUAAACUUGCAUCAGAAAAUGGGAUCUUGAUAUUCAGCAAGAGCACAUGCUGCUUAUGCUAUGCAGUUCAGAUUCUGUUCAAGGAGCUUAGGGUGCAGCCUCGCAUCGUUGAGAUCGACACCAUUCCAGAUGGCGUUGAGAUCGAGAAGGCGCUCAAGAGGCUGGGCAGCAGCGGCCCUCUGCCAUCGGUCUUCAUCGGUGGUAAGCUUAUCGGAUCAACCAAUGAGGUCAUGUCGCUCCACCUCAGCGGCAAACUCGUACAACUUCUCAGACAGCAUGGCAGUUUGAUUUGAGGAUUUUAUCUUCAAUUGUAGAAUAAGGUGUUGCCAUGGCAUGAUGUUCAUUACUGUUGAUUAAUUAUCUUUAAGUGUGAUAUACUUGGUUUAAAUAUAGGGUUAAUUAUUAGAUGAUCAAGAAUUAUACUAUGUAUAUUUAUGUCAUAAUGUGUUGCAUUUGAUUAUUCUCUAUUAAAUGAAGUUAGUUUUUUAAUUA